CGGUCACCACUUUUUCCGAAUUCGCAUGCGGCAACAGUCAUCCAUCGAUGACGCGCUGUAACCUCCGAAUUUGCAUCGGGGCUCCCGUCACUGUCAACACGCCGUUAUCUCAACAUUGAGUUGCAUUGAGCAAGACGGAAAAUUUCUCGGGUUUCGUGGUGAAAUCGUUCUUUUUUUAAUCGUUAUUGUUUUUUUAAUGUUAUGUAGUUAUAAAUUUGUUGUUUGAAAUGCCUUUUUGUGCGGCGUUCGGGUGCACAAAUAGAACCAAGUGCAGAACUGAGACCCGAUCAACCUCAACUACCUCUUCUUCCAAUGCUGAUUCCAAAACAUCAUUUCACAGGAUUCCUGGUAAAGAACCUCAGCGUAGUGCCUGGCUUCAGGCCUUGAGACGAGCUAACUACAAUCCUGCAACUGAUGCGGAUGCUAGGGUCUGCUCCUCUCAUUUCAAUGCUUCUGAUUUUUAUUAUACAAAGGAGGGCCUUAGAAAAAUCAAGAGGAAUGCUAUCCCCUCAGUUUUCCCAGCUUUCCCUAAACACCUUCAAAAAGAUGUAAUUCAUGGACCUCCCAACUGGACCCAAUCUCGACUCGAUUUUUCUGGAAAUUUUUUUAUUGCUUCGCCCGAGAGUGCUUCAUGAGCUGAUUUUGCAGUGUUUUUCAUAUAAUGAAAAUAAUAACCUUCAGGCGCGACCACGAAAGUCUUAAAUAAAAUAUGAACUCGCACUUACUUCCGUUCCUGCAGCCAAAGGCAACACAAAAUGGCAAAUCAAGAAUUUCAAACGCUUGAAACAAGUUCAGAACUAAUUGGAAAAAACAAUAACGAUUAACAAAACAGCUUUUAGUAUAUCGAGGGUGAAACUGGUAUUAAAGGUUUCCUGAAACUAA